UUAACAUUGGCCAUUAUUAUGAUGGCAAUUACUCUAUUCAACAACAAAAUAACCUCAGCAGAGGCACAAGGUCAACUAUCCGUCGACGAUGAUUUCUCAAGACUGUUAGGAAAAUGUAAAAUGUUUGAUGAAGAUUUCGAUUCGUGUAUGAAGGAUGUAUUUAAUGAUUUGAGAGCCUACUUUCCAACUGGUGUGCCUGAUUACCACAUAAAACCUUUUGAUCCGCAUAGAGCCUCAUUUGUGGAGAUCCGACGAGGUGAUCAAAAAGGUUUGGUUGGUUUUAAAUUAAUUCUACGCAAUGUUACCGAAUAUGGUUGGAGCCGAUCAGAAGUUACCAAAUACCAUACAGAUCAUGAGCAAAAACGUAUAAUUUAUUCACAGUAUUUUCCCGAAAAGAGUCUGGAUGGUUGGUAUGAGUUUUCGGGUACCGUAUUUGGUACACCAAUUAAAAGAAAAGGUUUUUGGAAUAUGACUUUAUAUGAUUACAGUCAAACUACUAGUGUCAGACGUUUAGGCGAGCCGGGCUCUCUCUUAAAAGUCCAUAUAGAAAUCGAUCGAAUUGGCGGUUUAAAGAUGCAUAUCUCUGAUGCUUUGGCUCCUGGUCGUGCUAGAUUGGAUAAUGUCUCGGAUGGUGUUAUCAAUAGUAUGUGGCCUAUUGGUUUGCCAUUUAUUAAGCCAAUAAUAAAUGAUCUUAUUAGUACAGCUUUUACCGAUAUCUUUAACGAAUCCUUUAGAUAUUUCCCAAUGGACCGUUUUUUAAGAUAUUCAUGAUUUUUUGAGUCUUUGUAGAUUUUUAAGUUGUUAUUCAAGUCAUAAUUGUUGCCUUUUUAAAACGACUGUUAUAUUAGUUAGUAGGAAAAUUUAUUGGUUUUAUAUCUAAACUUUUUUCAAUAAAAACAAAAUACUCACUACACGAUAGAACAUAAAAUAAAA